GCGAGCGGUGCGAUUUUGAAAAACGCUCGAAAAGUGCUUUGGAAAUUUCGAAUUGCUGGCCAGGAAAAUCACUUGUACUGCCCAGAGGAAAUUCGCGCGGGAUUUUCCACCACAGUUCGUGACAAAGAUCGCUCGUUAGCCAGUAAUUCCGGCGCAAAAUAUAGUUAAAUUAAUACAAAAACCAGCUCGUAAACACGGAAUAAAAGUAAUAAUAAUAAAAAUUCUUAUCAACGCGACGACAAGCGGGCCUAAGGCGGGCUUAGAAUGAUUCUCUGAUAUUUUCCGCUCCGACUUUCCGACUUUUUCUGCGUGUGCUAAUGCGUCUAUUUAUUUGCACUUGCCGCUGGGAGCGUUUUCGUUUUCCAAUUGGCGCGCAAUUCCAUUGAGCUUGCAUUGGGAUCGAAAUCGAAUGCAAAUUGUGAAUUGUGAGCGGUGAAUUGCGCGAACUGUGAGUUGCACUUGCCAGCAAAUUGAACCUUUGACGCGGACAACGUGGCGUAUGCGUAAUCUGUGGCAAGCGAAUGUAAAUUUAAAUCAAAAUCAGAAUCAAAAGUAGAAAUGAAAAGCGCGCGCCGGCUCAAAUAAUAUUAUGCCCAAGUGAGUUCCAAGUGUGUCUCCCCCCUGUCUCUCUCUCUCUCUCUGAAGCGCGAAAAAAAUAAGAAAAUAAUAAAAAAUAGACCCAGGCGAAAAAAGCAAUUGAAAAUGCGAUUCAUAUCGGCCAGAAUAACAUCAGCGGCAGCAACAACAACAGCAACAAAAUGAUCGCGGGCAACAUGUCAAGCAUAAUUAAUUUUCGAUUCCGCCGAUCGUACUCCUCAUCUGGAAAUCUGGAAGUGUAAUUACGGUCAUAAUUCACGCUAGCCGCGCACGCAGCCACAGAAAUAAAAGAAGCAUUUAUUGGGAAAUUGUGCUGAGGAAAAAUGAAUAGAGAUUUCCGCGAACAUCGACCGCCUGUGAAAAUGUGUUGCCAAUCAAGCGGCCAGGGGAAAUCUUCUGCGCAGUCUUCUUCAAGUGGACAGCAGCCACGGGAACCAUCUGCCAAGUCAUCAUCAUCAUCAGUGUCAUCACCAGCAACAACAGCAAAAGCCACAGCAUAUAGCAGACUUAGGCAUAUACCAGGACCCAUCCUCGUCCUGAUCCUGCUGGGCCUGAUCCAAAUCCAAAUACAGGUAGUCGCCGCCGGAUUGGGCCAAAGUCUUCACGGCUGGAGAAUAUCCUGCUCCAACGAGGGCGAAGAAGUCAAACUGGACCAGUUCAAUUGCUACAACUGCGAAUGCAAGAAUGGCUUUGUUAACUGUCGCAAUACCUGUCCUCCCAUCGAUGAUUGUUACAUACAGGAAAAGCCGGAAAAUUCCUGUUGCAGCAAGUGCAAGGGUUGCAUUUUCCGUGGCGUUCCCUACGAAAGCGGAGCAGAGUGGAGCGACCCGGAAGAUCCCUGCAGGACAUACAAGUGCAUGGCGACUGUGGUCACCGAAACGGUGCAAAAAUGUUACUCGCAGUGCGAUGACAACCAGCUGCAGCCACCUCGCCCCGGGGAAUGCUGUCCCACCUGCCAGGGUUGCAAGAUCAAUGGACAGACAGUGGCCGAGGGCCAGGAGGUCGACGCCUCCAUCGAUGACCGUUGCCUGGUGUGCCAGUGCUCAUCCAACCAGCUUACCUGCUCUAAGAAGACCUGCCCCGUUCUACCUUGUCCCAUGUCCAAGCAGAUCAAGCGACCGGAUGAGUGCUGUCCAAGGUGUGCCCAGCAUCAGGGUUUUAUGUCAGUGCCAGGCAAAUGCUUCUUCAACAACAAGGUCUAUCCCGAGAAGACGCAGUUUAUGCCAGACAGAUGCACCAAUUGCACCUGCCUCAAUAGCACCGCCAUGUGCCAGCGCGCCACCUGCCCCAUCUUAGAGUGCGCCCCCGAAUUCCAGGAGUUCCAGGAUGGAUCCUGCUGUCCUCGCUGCGCCGUUGCCGAAGUGCGAAGCGAGUGCAGUGUUAAGGGUGUGACCUACCAGAACAACGAGACCUGGGAUAUGGGUCCUUGCCGGAGCUGUCGCUGCAAUGGUGGCACCAUUCGCUGCUCCCAGAUGCGCUGUCCGCCGGUCAAGUGUCGUGCCAACGAGGAACUGAAGCUGCCGCCGGGAGAGUGCUGCCAGCGAUGUGUGGAGACUGCGGGGACUUGCACCGUCUUCGGGGAUCCUCACUUCCGCACCUUUGAUGGCAAGUUCUUUAGCUUUCAGGGCAGCUGCAAGUACCUCCUAGCCAAGGAUUGUCUCGGGCACACCUUUGAGAUUCGAUUAACGAACGAAGGACGAGGCACAAGGCAUGCCAGCUGGGCCAAAACGGUGACCCUGAAGCUGCACAAUCUACGCGUGAAUCUUGGCCAGAAGCUGAGAAUAAAGGUGAAUGGAACCAGAGUACUGCUGCCUUACAUAGGCACAGCUGGUGGCCGGAAUGUAACCAUUGAGCGGUUGUCCGAUGGUGGAGCAGUGAUGCUAAGAUCAGAGAUGGGUCUCUCUCUGGAAUGGGAUGGCGGUGGCUUCCUGCAGGUCUCCGUGCCGGCAAAGUUCAAGAAGCGAUUGUGCGGCCUUUGUGGCAACUUCAAUGGCAGUGCACGAGAUGAUCUCACAGGCAAGGAUGGCCGAAACCAUGUCGAUGAGGAGGUCUGGCACUUUGCCAACUCCUGGCGCGUGGGUGGACCCAAGUCGUGCUCCCGCAAGCGCGAAAUCCUGGCGGCAGUGCCCACCUGCGAUAAGCGCAAGUCCAGCUUUUACUGCCAUCCGCUGAGCGUGUCGCCGCUGUUCGGCGAAUGCAACGAGCGCCUUAAUCCGGAGAACUAUAUAGCCGCCUGCCGGAUGGAUGUCUGCGAGUGUCCAUCGGGAGCCUGCCACUGCGACAGUUUUGCGGCAUAUGCCCACGAGUGCCGGCGCUUGGGCGUCCAGCUGCCAGACUGGCGGACAGCCACCAACUGCAAAGCGGGUUGGCGGCGCAAUGCCACUUUGUCGAAUUUCCUGCGUAACGAGUUCUAUGGCGACUCUAGCUUCCGGAGAGGUCGGAAGCGGAAGAACCACCAGCUGCAGCUGCAGCAGCAAAAGCUGAGCAGGCACCACAGGCUCGGCACCAGCCACAAUCAGCUGGAGAAGCCGGGUCAGGCUUCCAAUCCCAAGGAUAGGGAGCGGCAAAGGGAUGAGGACUUCAUAGCGAAGCAUGUACCCAGCGGUUUGCUCUUUCCACGUGCGCCGGAUCGCACGCCGCCGCCUCUGCAUUAAGCGGGGUGAGGGGAGGGGAAAAGCAUUUAAGUUUAGUUACUCAUUUAGUUACUGCAUCCAUCCGCAUACACACACACACACACACAAGAGUUAAGAAGUCUCAUUGAAAGGGCCUCUAUUCAUAGCAUACUUUUGGCGGCCCAGCAAGUGAGAGGCAGUCGAGGGAUUCCCCGAAAAUAAGUGAUUACAAAGGGAUUUUUAUCAGUUUUUACAAAAGGAAAUAAAAGAAAAUUAAUUAAAUAUAUUUUAAUUAAAGCCAUUAUUCGAAAUUAAAUAAUAAUCCAUAACCAUCAAGGGGAAUCCCUCUGCCACCUAGAAAUCCUAGUUGAAUUCGCUUCCAUGACAGCCAGGCAACAGUAUUAAGCUGAACGGUCCUCUGGAGUAGGUAGAUAUAUAGUAUAUCGGAUUACUAUAUAUAUAUAUAUAUCCCACACAUCAUCCAUUCUGUCGCCAUUUCUCGUGUAGCCUAAGUUUUAUUUAUUUUAGUUUUAGUAAACAAAAAAAAGGAGUUUUUAUUCGGAGAGCCUGUUGUUUGUGUGCCUGUUUUAUAUUUGUAUUCCUGUAUGUGUGUUUUUAUUGUCGCUCUAAACUAAACUAAAAACUGAAAACUAAACACUAAACACUAAAAACUAUAAAUGAUAAACUAAAAACUAAGCCUUAGCUAAGUGUACUUAGAACUAAACGCAAUCCUAGCUGAAAUACUUGAUAAUGUUUGCUUAAAAUUUAAGCUCUAGCGAGAAGGAGGAGGAACGAACCUACCCAACAACUACUAUAUACUAUAUAUGAGAAUUGCACAAACAGUAUUUUUUUGCUUAGUUAAAACUUGAAAAAACACACCAACACGCUUCCCCACUCAACUACAAGCUUCUGCUCCUACUCAAAGCUUCCCUUAAAAAAAAAACACUCUUAACCAACUCGAAAUUCCGCUUAUCUCAAAUCGGGGGGAAGAAUUAACCAACUUUUAGCCCAAAAAACUGUGUUAGUAUUUAUACAACUACAACUACUACUAUAACGCCAACUAUUUAUGCACUUAACCGGAGGAUAACCACAACAACUCUUUGCCAUUUUUCAAUUUUACAAAUUAAUCGAGUUUAAAGUUAAUAUAAUGUACGAUAAUUAUCUCUUUAUAUACUAUAACUAUAACGUUCUACUUGUAUGCCAGGAUCUGUAAAUUUACAAGAAGAAUAUCCCAAAAACAAUUUAUAAUACAAAAAAAAAAAAAAAUUAAAUGAAGAAAAGAACAAAAAACAAAACAAAAAACAAUGCCACAUACAAUGCAAGUGGAUCAAAUGAAAUUUAAAUAUAUAAAAAAACAAAAAAAAACAAUUUAAGAAUGGUGUUU